AGAUGGCGCUACGAAUGUUCAUCCAUCGAAUGUUUCUUCGCAGACAGGACACAGACGAUGACAUAAUAUCGAAGAAAUCACUACAAUCAGUCAAGCAGAUCAUCAACUUUCUGAAAGAACAUGCUAGAGAGGAAGGGCUAUUUCGACGCGCUGGUCGUCGCGAUCUUAGAAGACGAAUUCUGAACUCGUUGAAGAAAGGCGAGAAACCUCAUUUAGGGAACAACGACGCGGCUCUGGAAUGCGCAGCCGCGUUGCAACUUUUUUUAAUCCAUUUGAAGAAACCUGUGAUGCCUCAGCACGUUCAACAACUUCUUCUUGCUGACAAUCCCGGAGUGACUGCGCACAUGAUCGCCAAGGAUGCACUAGGAUUGAUACGACAAGACGUCGGUGGUCGUCACGGAGAGCUUCUAGCCGGCCUUCUUGAUUUACUCAGACACUUGACACUCUCUGGCCCUCCAUCCGAAAGAUCAGAGCUUCGUGGAUCACCGCUUCCAAUCGCACUUCUUCCAGUCUUUUUUACUUUGACGCCGGCCGAUCUGGUGAAAUGGAAGCAAGUGGCCGCCAGAUUCAACGAAUUAAUUACCGAGGCCCCCGAGCAACUGCAGCUGAAUGAAAAUCGAUCGUGCGAAAUGGAAUCCGCCAGGCUAUCCGUCGAGAACACGGACAACGUUAGGUUGGGGAGAUAACUAGGAUUCUUGCUGUGCCGUUGCAUGGCCCGCCGGCAAGUAGACUUCAUCCAGUAAUUUCCAAUUCGAAUCGAAGCAGCAUACAAAUGUAAUUCUUUCGUAUAAAUGUAAGAGAAUUGUGUAAAUUACUCGUACUUCCGUUCAACCGAUGACAAUCACAGAAACCUACAUUUUCACCUAAAUUAUUUCUUCUUCUUUUUUUUCUUUUUUUUCGAAAAAAAGCAACUAUUAUAAUUUCAUUUUUUUUUUUUACCAUUUAUAGUUUACAGUGAAAAAAUCUCUGGUUCAUGUGUAAUGGGAUAAAAAUUGAAAUACAUAUACGUUACUUUAAAAAUAUUGUAACGAUUUGGAGAAGUCUUAUGUAUUUAGAUUAGACAUUGUUACUUUGUACUUGUUUGUUUAGAAAUAUACAGAAAUAUACACACAUUGUGCAUAGUAGAAGUUUAAUUGUAACGUCGGUCUAUGUAAAGAAAUGCCUUGCCUUGUAAUGCUUUUUAUAGUUACGCUGCGAUUAACAAUAACAAUCAUCAAACUAUUGUA